AGGCGGCCCCGCGCCCCGCCAUGCUGCUCUUCUGCCCGGCCUGCGGCAACGUGCUGGUGGCCGAGGAGGGGCCGCGCUGCCACCGCUUCGCCUGCACCACCUGCCCCUACGUGCGGAAUGUCACCCGCAAGGUGACAAGCAGGAAGUACCCACGGCUGAAGGAGGUUGACGAUGUCCUGGGUGGUGCAGCGGCCUGGGAGAACGUGGACUCCACUGCAGAGCCCUGCCCCAAGUGCGAGCACCCCCGCGCCUACUUCAUGCAGCUGCAGACGCGCUCGGCCGACGAGCCCAUGACCACCUUCUACAAGUGCUGCAACACACGGUGUGGGCACCGCUGGCGGGACUGAGCGCUCCCAGCACCACACUGGGCUGCACGGGGCCGCGGCCGCUCGUCCUACGGGGAUGGGGAAUGAGGUCGAUGCAAUAAACAGCACGGGGUGGAAGCAGUCGUCUGCUGCGUGGUUGCUUUCAAGCCUACAUCCGAGGAGGGCAGUGAGGACUUUGAGCAGGGGUUCCUCCGUCAGAGAAGGCUGCAGGGGCAUCGCCCAGAGAGCAGUUCUGCUACAGGCACACACAACACCCAGCACCGCACACAGCAAGAGAUACAGACAGACCUUGGGGUAACUGAGCCAAAGAACAGUUACUGACCCUCCCCACAGAGCCAACUGCUGUGCCACAGUUCCUGCUGCAGUUCUUGGGUGAGGGAAAAAGUCCCUUUGCUCUGUCCUGUCCGAACCAUGUAAGGUAAAGCAGAAACUGCAAAUGAUCUGCUCGACAAGCAGUUACUGCUCAAAAGAGAACAUACGUGAAGUGGGAUCCAAUUAUGUGCUCCACAAGCAAUUACUGGUGAAGAGAAUACAUAAAGUGGGAUCAAAUAUUAUCUGUA